GCGGAGGGAUCUGAGGGUGCGAUGUGUCGAUCGCGGCUUCCGGGGGGGCCGCUUCUACAACUGCAAGAUGCAGGUGGAGGAUCUCCUGUCCGCAGACAGCUGCGUGUGUCGCACCGACGAUGGCCGCCUGGUGGAGGGGCUGCAGGAGGAGAUGCUGGAGACGGUGAUCCCUCGCGGCCCCAACGACCGCGUGAUGGUGGUGCUGGGCGAGCAGCGCGGCCAGGUGGGCCGCAUCCUGGAGCGCGACCCCGAGCGCGGGAGGGCGGUGGUGCAGCUGGCGGGGGGGGGUCCUGGAGCUGGGCUACGACUCCCUCUGCCAUUACCUGGGGGGGGAGGACGACGACUGACGGAGCCCCAAAAUCGCCUCUUUUCACCCCAAAAUCCACGCCGUGGAAAUAAAGCGGCGUCCCCACGGUUGGGAUUGGAGAAAACGGCGCCUUCAGGCCCCAAAAUGGCUUUUUGUGUGUGCGAAUCGCCUCUUUGAGCCCCAAAAUCGCUGCUUCUGACCACAAAACUGCUCUUUUCACUCCCAAAAUGACCUUUUUCAGUCCCCAAAUUGCCCGGUUUAGUCCAAAAAUCACCUUCUCUGACCCCAAAACCACUGCAUUCUGUCUGAAAAUCAGUCUGACCCCAAAAUCACCCUUUCUGACCUCAAAAUGGCCCUUCUUAGUCCACAAGUCGCUUUCUCUGACCCCAAAGCCACUUUUUUUGACAUCAAAUCGCCCCGUUUGACCUCAAAAUCGCACUUUUUAGUCCCCAAUUUGCUUUCUCUGACUCCAGAAUUGCCCCUUCUUGUCCCAAAAUCACCUUUUCUGACCCCAAAAUCACUUCACCCUAAAGUGGCCCUUUUUAGUCCCAAAAUCAUGUCUCACUCAGAAACUGUCACUUUUUGUACAAAAUUCGUCACUUCUGACCCCGAAAUUGCUCUUCUUAGUCCUCAAAUCACCUUUUCUGACCCCAAAAAUGCCACUUUUUGUCCCCAGAUCCCAAACGCUUCACUUCCGGUGCGUUACUAGGGUCGCUGCAUUUCACUUCCGGCACGUUGCUAAGGAAAACGGACCUCUUUCCGGUGCCGGAACUUUGUUAGGUAGAUGCCACCUCAUUUCCGGUCUAAGCGAUAAGUUGCUAUGGAGAAAUCAACUCACUUCCGGUUGUUCUUGCGUGUUGCUAUGGGCUGCCGUUUCUCACUUCCGUCGCGUUGCUAUGGAGAUGUCGUUCUACUUAUUGGUCCCCCCCCUCUUUUCCCUCUCUUCUGGAGCGUUGCUAGGGUGACGCAGCCUCACUUCCGGCUUUCCAAAUAUGGCGGCCAGUUGGUGUUGCUUUGCCGGAAGUCAUCCUCCAGCUGACAGGAAGUUUUCUCUAGCCGCGUCGUCUAGCAGGGACUCUAUGGUGUAACCGGGACCGGAGAGCUCCGGAGGGGUGAAGAAGCCCCAAAAGACCCCAAAAAAGGACAGAUUGGGUCGGGGGGUCUCGGGGACAGCCCCCCCCCGUGCCCGCCCGCCGCCAUGGCGCAGGGCCGCGGGGUCAACAGUCUGCGCUUCAACCAGGACCAGAGUGAGUGCGGGCGGCCCCGAAAUCGCC